CAAUAAUCCCCGCCCCAUGAUGCUCUGACCAAUCACAGCUUUGGUAAGGUCAGCCAAAAGUCACGCAUGCGGUUGAAACAUAGGGUGCCACGUUCAGCAAUCUCUACUGCGAAGUAAAGUGCCCUACUGCAUGCUGUCCAAUUUUGGCAAGUUUCCAAAAAAAAAAAAACAUGCCUUUGCAAUUUGUGGCUCGAUUCUUAAUCCUAUAUCAGGAACACGUGUUAUUGAUAGUCACAUUAUGAAAACUGUUGUCAGGCGGCAGCGAAUGAAAUGGCUCCAUCGAGCGCGUCGGGCCGCAGGCCUUUGCGGGCCACAAGUUCCAUUACAAGAGCUCCCGAAGCCAACAGCGAGUCAUAUUUUUGUGAUUCCCCAACGAAAGCUCGUUACAGGAUCCCCGAAACCCACUGGUGGCUCUAAAUUUCAAGGGAAGGGAUCGGAAAGACACAAAGGGAAAGGAUCGGAGAGACACAAACUUUAGCGACCAGUCUCUGAAGGAUUCAGGACUCAUCGGGAAGUGCUGACAACGCGCCAAUACAAGACGAAAGCUCGUCACAGGUGCAUGGGAUCCCCGUUACCCACCGGUGGCUCUAAAUUUCAAGGGAAAGGAUCGGAAAGACACAAAGGGAAAGGAUCGGAGAGACACAAACUUUAGCAACCAGUCUCUGAAGGAUUCGGGACUCAUUGGGAAGUGCUGACAACGCGCCAAUACAAGACGAAAGCUCGUCACAGGUGCAUGGGAUCCCCGUAACCCACUGGUGGCUCUAAAUUUCAAGGGAAAGGAUCGGAAAGACACAAAGGGAAAGGAUCGGAGAGACACUAACUUUAGCAACCAGUCUCUGAAGGAUUCGGGACUCAUUGGAAAGUGCUGACAACGCGCCAAUACAAGACGAAAGCUCGUCACAGGUGCAUGGGAUCCCCGUAACCCACUGGUGGCUCUAAAUUUCAAGGGAAAGGAUCGGAAAGACACAAAGGGAAAGGAUCGGAGAGACACUAACUUUAGCAACCAGUCUCUGAAGGCUUCGGGACUCAUUGGGAAGUGCUGACAACGCGCCAAUACAAGUUGAUCCUCGUCGUCUGACGUCCGACCUCAAAAACAAAGAUGCAGCAAGACAGACUUGGUCGGCGAGGUAGAGCUAGGAUCAUAGCCGAGGAGUACAACCACUCACUCAGCAAACUCGUCGGCACGAAGAGGAGGGUUAAGCCAAGUCGUAAGGCGGCAUUCAUGGCCGCCUUUCCAGUCAAAGCCUCGCCAAGACUCCAUUCUGAUAAAGAGGGAGCAUCCGUCCUGCCACUGAAAGAGGCUUCAGUAACUCAUCUUGAGCACGGCGAAACUGAUGUGACAGAAGAAACAAAUAGCAAAACUGAAGUGGAAAGUCCCGUUGAAGUGAGACAGAAAUUGCAGGUGUUUGUCCGAGGUCUGCUCUUACCAAAGACACUUUGCCUGCAAUUAGAUCCGGAGACAUCCGUUUCUGAUUUAAAGGCACUGGUUGAAAGAGAGAGUGGCAUCCAGCCUCAGGAUCAACGCCUAUACAUUGGGAUACAUUUUCAGCUAUGUGACCUACUCUCCAUUCGCGAUCAUGGGAUACACCAAGACCAGAACAUCGAGCUUCGCGCUGGUGGCUUACUAGGCGGUGGACCAUUAGAAGAAUGCAUCUUAAACUUAUCACGUAAGCUUGGAAAAGACUGGAGGCUGCUCGCCAGAUUGUUGGAUUUCAAGGGAGGAGAAAUCGACGUCUUCCAAGAAAACAACAGGGGAGACCUACGUGAACAAAUCUACCAGAUGUUAGAUGCCUGGUUGAAGAAACAGGACAAUCCCGCAGACGCUCCUGAGAAGCUGAAAGCCGUUCUGGAAGACAUGGGCCGUGCUGAUCUGGCAUCGCAAGUACCAAGCAUUGCAGGACCUCGUUUUGACGUUGAACAGUGUGCAAGAGAAUUGGCAGCGCAUUACCGAGAGACCAUGAAAGUGUCGACACAUCCUAAAGAGAAGCACAUGGCAAGAGAGAUGGAUGACAUCUAUGUCAACCCACAGCUACUGCAAGAAACGAACAUACCUGUCCUCUCAUCGGAGGCAAAGAUGCAGGCAGAAACAGGCAGACAUUCAGAGCAUUUGAAAGCUUCGAAACAAGGUACUCCUGAUGCCCCCAAAUCACAAUCUGAUAAGGACAAAGGGCUUCAUGUUCAGACAAUUUCCCUUGACUCAUAUAAAGACAUGCUUAAGCUCGAAGGAAAUCGAUUAUUAAUCAGAGCUGAGGCGGGUUUCGGGAAAACCACACUCCUUAAAAGGAUUGCAUACGAUUGGGCAGAUCUGAAAAUCAAGGGGGGUCAGACUGAAAACCAACAACAAUCUGAGCACGCAUCAGUUCUGGGAAGGUACGAGCUUAUCUUUGUGGUCGAGGUUAAUCGAAUGGGCAAGACAUUCAACAUCAUCGACGCCAUAUUUUCUCAGAUUCUCACACAUAGCAAACUGAAAAAGACAGAUUUAGAAAAAUACAUCCAGGAAAACCAAGAGAGCGUAUUAAUUCUUUUGGAUGGCGCUGAUGAGAUUUUCUUGCAAAGGAUAAAGGAUGCACAGUGCAACAUCAGCUUUGACCUAAACGGUGUACUAUCGUUCAAAUCACUCAAGUCAUGCAAGGUUAUAGUUACGAGCCGACAGAAGACGGCAAAUGAACUGUUGAAUAUGCAUGCAUACUACACAAACAUUAUCAUGGUCGGCUUUGACGAGAAAGACAGGGAUCUUUACCUCAGGAAAUACUUGGCAAAUUUUGAGUCUAAAAAUCAAAACAGCUUCCUUGAAAAGGUGAAUGGAUCCGAAACGCUUCGUAGUUUAGCCAAGAUACCGUUAUUUAUGUGGCUGAUGUGCCAUACAUGGGCAAAUAAAGGACAACUGCCUGAUCAAAUAACAAGCCUUUUUCGGGAUAAUAUUCAUCUGCUUUUCCUGCAUCAGGCUAGUAAGGAAACAGACGAACAAGUUUCGGACACCAAGACACUUAUUUCAAAACUUGGUCGGAUAGCUCUUGAAGGUUUGUUAGAUCCAAAUGGGGAAAGGCUUCAUUUCUUAGAAAAUGAGAUCGAUUCAAAGGACCUAGAUAUUUUCGAGAGGGGUUCCGAUGUUGGCUUGCUGUCAAAAAGAAAAACUGUUCAAGGUCUCGAGAUAGUUUUUCACUUUUCGUUCCCGCACAAGACUUUCCAGGAAUACUGCGCGGCGGUAUAUCUGGUAGAUUUGUUAACCACUGACAAAGAAGCCUUUGACCAAUACCUGUCUUGUAUAUUGCAUGGUGAUGUGGAAAGCUUGGAAUACGUUCUGCGAUUCUGCUGUGGGCUGAACACAGAUGCUGCCGAGGUGAUCUUAAGGCGCAUUGGGGAUCUCUUAAAACAAAACAGACCGAACAAGUCCAUGCAUAGAAUUCUGAUGCAACUGCUUUUUGAAGCCCAGUCAGAAUCCCUCGUGAAAUGCUUUGUUGAAACUGGGAAGGUUGCGUUUCCAUAUGAACUCCAAGGUGAAGUACUUGUAGCUGCGCAUUAUUUCUUUAAAGUCGGUUCCAACCAUACAACUCUGCUCAAAACAGACCAACAAGAAAUUAAUGCUACAUGUCGAGAUUUAGCUGACUUCAGACUUUUAGAGGAUAUAAUGACACACAUCCAAUGUAAGCCAUCGCUGAACCUUGUAAUUAAUGGGAUCAGCUGGGAUAGCUUUGAGGAUAAGUCCAUGAGGAUGUUGAAAUCCAAGAGGAUGAUGAAAUGUCUGAAGUCUUUACAUGUAGCUAACUGUGAUUGGAAGCUUGGAAAGCUUUUUCAAGUGUUGUCAAAAAGCUACGCGGAAAUUGACACUUUAACAAUAAGUGGUAGAGUUACGCUAGAUACACUGUCUAACCGAACCAUUAAACCAGUAACAAGCAUGAAAAAAAUCAAUCUUUUCAACUGCAGUCUGACCAACAGUGAUAUUCAGCUACUGUUCUCUCUCUUAUCGGCAUUGGGCAGCAUACAGAGAGUUGAUCUAGGAAUCAAUAAUUUACAUGGUUUGCAGCCUGUACCGAUCUCUGCUGUUCCCUCACUGUCUGAACUAUAUAUCUAUGAGUGUGGUUUGACUAACAGUGACAUGGAGCCACUUUUCUCUCUCUUGUCUGCAGCAGGCAGCAUAAAGACACUCACCCUUAAGGGAAACAAAUUAAACGGUUUGCAGCCAACCAAGACCACUACUUGUCCCUCCCUUUCUGAACUAAAUUUGUGGGAGUGUGGUCUGACAAGCAGUGACAUUAAGCCCCCUUUCCGACUCCUGUCGGCUGCAGGCAGCGUAAAGAAACUUGUUCUUAAAGGAGAGAAUUUACACGAUAGGAAACCGUCACAAAUCACUGCUGUUCCGUCUCUGUCUGAGCUACAUCUCGAUGAGUGUGGUCUGACAAAAAGUGACAUUCAGCCACUUUUCUCUUUCAUAUCAGCAGCAGGCAGCGUAAAGACACUUGCCCUGAAAGGAAACAAUUUACACGGUUUGCAGCCCGAAGGAAUUACUGCUAUUUCUUCCUUGACUGAACUACAUCUUGAUGAUUGUGGUCUGACUAAAACUGACAUUAGGCCACUUUUCUCUCUACUUGCAGCAGCAGGCAGCAUAAAGACACUUGCCCUGACAGGAAACAAUCUACACGGUUUGCAGCCUGAAGAGAUCACUGUUGUUCCUUCCCUGUCAAAACUACAUCUCCAUGGGUGUGGUCUGGAAAACAUUGAUAUUGAACCACUUUUCUAUAUCGUGUCGGCAGCAGGCAGCGUGAAAACGCUUGUUUUGCAAGGAAUGGAUUUACACGGUUUGCAGUCUGGAACGAUCUCUGCUGUUCCCUGCCUUUCUCAACUAAGUAUCUAUGCGUGUGGUCUGACAAGCAGUGACAUUAUGUCACUUUAUCAACUCUUGUCAGCAGCAGACAACGCGUGGACAUUUAUCCUGAACGGAUACACUUUGCAAGGCUUGCAGCUGGAUGAGAUUACUGCUAUUCUAAAUGCAUCUCUAUGAGUGUGGUCUGACGAAAAUCGACAUUCAGCCAGUUUUCUCUCUCCUGUUAGCAGCAGGCAGCGUAAAGACACUUGUUUUUGAAGGAAACAAUUUACAGGGUUUGCAGCCCGAAGAAAUCACUGCUGUUUCCUCCCUGACCGAACUACGUCGCAAUGAGUGUGGUUUAAACAGCCAUGACAUAGACUCACUUUUCACUAUCCUUUCAUCAGCAGGCAGCAUAAAAACACUCACUCUUAAGGGAAACAAAUUAAACGGUUUGCAGUCAGCCAAUAUCACUACUUGUCCCUCCCUUUCUUAACUAAAUUUGUGUGAGUGUGGUCUGACAAGCAGUGACAUUAAGCCCCUUUUCUGACUCCU